UUAGUUUGUCGCUGUCUGCCCUGUCUUUCCGUUUCCUGAAUAAACCCCGAUUCCUAAGAUCCUGCCUACCUGCCUCGUCUUUCCCCGCUUCCUGCCUGCCCGUCCACCCGCGAACCUCACAGAAUGACAAGUCUCCACAGAGAAGCACUACUCUACUGGCUCCAUCAGCUUGAGGUCCAGGAGGACCUUGUGGCGUUAAGGUUAGCCAGCCUGAGCAGUACCCUCCUGAGUGAGGCACCACCACCUGGGAAUGCGUACCCUGACCAGGAGGUACAUAAAUAUCUCCAGUGGCUGAAGGACAGGAUCACGGAGAGGUGGAGCCACCUGGACUCGCUGCUGAGGGAGGAGGUUAUUGACCCAACAUCUCCGCUGACAGCUGCACGUCGGAGAUGGAGGAAGAAGCGGAGAGAGCAUCGACCAGAAGAGGAGCCAACGAUGUUCCUGGGGGCCUGCUCUCUCUCCGCCGCCUUGAUCCCUGCUGUAUAUCCGGAGGAGCCCUAUCCAGUCCAGAAACCGCCUGUUCUGGAGAUUCCAGACCAGGUUCCACAGAUGCCCGCCACGACGUCCCUAGCUGGGACGUAUUUCACCCUCCAGGGAGGAUCCGACGGCAUGCAAGGCCCCAGAGGCUGCCCAGCUGGUCACGCAGCUCCAGCGAGCCUGCGCAGCAUUCUCUCCAGCGUCAUCGUUGCACGAGCUGGAGGAGAUUGCCACUUCCUUGGGGAGGCUGUUACUGUUGAGGACAGAGUAGACCCCCUCGACAGACCCCCUGCUGGUCCUGAGUCGGCAGUUCCUGCAGCGCCCCUGGUGCCUGCCAUGGCCCCACCUCCAGCUACUGCUUUGCUCCCUUCACCGCCCGAGCUCCCCACUGCGGCUGCUGCACCGCUCACGUUGGAGGUCCCGGCUACGCCCGAGGCACUGCCUGCUGCACAGUCCGAGGCGCUGCCUCCUGCUUCGCCCCAGGCACCUGCUGCGCCGCUUGCAGCUCCACCCACACCUGAGGCUCUUGCUGUGCCUCUGGCUGUUACUACACCCGAGGCCCCUCUGCAGUAGUCACAGGGGCCGGAGGUCGACCCCGGCCACAGCCCCGCCUUUCAGUGUCCCGAAAGGGGAGAGGACACAGGCUUAGGGCUAGGGUCCCAACCGCCCUGCCCCCUGGCUCACCCUCGAUCACCUUGGCUGGGGCUCGGGGGGCGCCUGCGGGUUCUGAAUAAACCUGAUUCCUGAA